UUCAUUAAUACAGCAGACGACCUCUUUGGUCCCAUCACUACACUGCGCGCGAAGGGCAAGAUUGUCAAGCGGAUCCCAUGGUCAUCCUUCAAGCUGAAAGAACAGGACUGGGAGCACGUCAAAGACGUUGUCGAUAUCUUGAAGGAUGCGAACGACAUUCAUCAGCUCUUCUCCUACGAGAAGUCGCCAACACUUUGGCGAGUUCUGCCAGCAUUUGAAGACCUUCUAACGAGAUGGGAAGGCAAGCGUGACAAUCCGAAAUUUCAAGCCUAUAAGCCUGGCCUCGACAAUGCAAUCAAGAAGCUGCACAAGUACUAUUGUGCGCUCGACAGAUCACCUGUGUACGUUCUCGCAUUAGUCCUACACCCAUACUACAAGCUUGACUACAUAGAGAGUGAGUGGGGCGGCGAGGAGGAGCGGCAGGAACAAUGGUCUGCGGGGAAUUUCGAUGCGAAGAACUGGAAGCAGGAGGCUCGAAAGAUUGUCGAAAACACCGUA